AUGAAUAAUAAAGAUAUUAGCAACGGUUUCGAAUGUUCAGCUCAUAAAAGAAUAUUAGAUGCUGUGUGUUAUGAGUGCAAUAAGUUGUUGUGUUCAAGAUGUUCAACCAAUCAUAACAAAGAAAGAGAACACUCUAAUUUCAUUGAUCAUAUUGAUGAUAUUAGAAUUGAACUUACACAAAUAUUAAAUAAUAUUAAUAAUGUUAAUAAUAAUAAAGAUACAGCAACAACUACCAGCGAUUCAAGUCAUAUAUCAAAGAGAUUGGAUGAUAUUUGGAAUAUGAUGAAAUGUAAAACAGAAAACUACAAUUCAUUAUCAUCAGAUGAGAAACAGAUCAGCAAACACUUUGAAGAGUUGCAUAAAUAUCUUAUGAUUGAAGAACAAAAGUUAAAGAAACCAAUCAUCGAUCAUAAAGAUAAUAAUAAUGAUAGUACAACAUCUACAACAUCAUCAUCAUCUUUUCAUGAUGAUACAACAGAGAGUUAUUCAAUUCCAUUCAUCAUGAAAUCAAUCAAUUCAAGUGAGUCACUUUCAACAUUCAUCAAAUCAAAUAAUGAAACGUUAUUCCACACUACCUCUUCUAAAAAUUCAUAUCUUCAAGACACUCUAUUAAACUAUAAUAAUAACAGUGAUUCAAUGAUAUUAGAUUUAAUCUAUAAAUAUAAUAAUCAAUUUAAAUCAUCCUCAUUCAAGAAUAAUAAUAACAAUAAUGAUAAUGAUAACAAAACCAACAAUCGUAAAUUAGAACUCAAACAGUUUGAUUUCACUAAACUUGAUCAUUUAUUGAAACAAUCAAUCAAACUCAGUUCAAAUUCAACAAGUUUAAAUAAUAAUCACAACAAACACACUUAUAUCUUAUCAACACAUGACGAUGGAGCAUCAUUAAUAGAUUUAUCGAAUUACAAGAUCACUGAUCUUGGAGAAAUCAAAUAUUAUGAUCUAUAUGGCACUCAAUUAAUUCUGGCUGGAGACAAUGACGACAGAUUCAUUCGAUUCAACAUUCAAACCAAAGAAAUCAAGUACCUCAAUAACAAUAAAAACACUAUUACAAUCAUUUGUAAACUACCAAUGAUUUACCACAAGAUAUCAGAGGUAGAGAGUUAUAUUUAUAUGAUCGGUGGAAUUUGGGGAGGUGCUCGAUACUCGAUCGAAAAAGAUCAAUGGAAAUCUUUUCUAAGUGACGACAAGUUAAUAAGAUAUUCUGCAACUAUCUUUGAAAUAAAUAAAUAA